CAGGUAUUAAAGUUCUCAUGCCUGCACUUUCUCCUACAAUGGAAGAAGGAAACAUUGUGAAAUGGUUAAAAAAGGAGGGUGAAGCAGUGAGUGCUGGAGAUGCAUUGUGUGAAAUUGAAACAGACAAAGCGGUGAUUACCAUGGAAUCAAGUGAUGAUGGCAUAUUGGCUAAAAUACUGGUGGAAGAAGGAACCAAAAAUGUACGCUUGGGCUCACUAAUUGGUCUGCUGGUAGAGGAAGGACAGGACUGGAAGCAAGUUGAAAUACCAGCUGGUGCUAGUGAUCCAUCUUCUCUGACUCCACCAGCACCUCCCCUUUCUGCAGUUCCUGCAGGUCCUUCAGUUUCAGCCCCUGCUAAACUGGAAUAUCAACCUGGAAAAUUGCAGGUUCGCUUAAGUCCUGCAGCUCGCAACAUUCUGGAGACACAUGGACUAGACCCAAGUAAUAUUACUCCUUCUGGGCCUCGAGGAAUCUUCACUAAAGAGGAUGCUCUCAAACUUCUGCGAGAGAAGCAGAAACGCAAACUCAGUGAACUGAAACCUGUGGUUUCUCCAGCUCCUCCCCAGCCUACUGCAGUGCCCUCUGCUUCGCAAGCAACAGCUGUGACUUCUGCUUAUCCAAGGCCAGCAGUUCCACCAGUUUCCACACCAGGACAACCUGCUGCAUUGGGCACGUUCACAGAAAUCCCGGCUAGCAACAUCCGAAGGGUUAUUGCAAAGAGAUUAACAGAGUCUAAAACUACUAUACCUCAUGCAUAUGCUGCUGCUGACUGUGACAUUGAUGGUAUAUUGAAACUAAGAAAGGAAUUGGCCAAAGAUGACAUUAAAGUAUCUGUAAACGAUUUCAUUAUCAAGGCAACUGCAGUUACUCUGAAGCAAAUGCCAGAUGUGAAUGUAACCUGGGACGGAGAAGGCUGCAGGCAGCUGCAGUCCAUUGACAUUUCUAUUGCUGUGGCAACAGACCGAGGCCUCAUUACACCAAUCAUAAAAGAUGUUGCUGCCAAGGGAAUACAGGAAAUUGCUGCCUCUGCAAAGGCUUUAGCAAAGAAAGCAAGAGAUGGAAAACUGUUACCGGAAGAGUACCAGGGAGGAUCUUUUAGUAUCUCCAAUCUGGGCAUGUUUGGCAUCAAUGAUUUCACUGCAGUCAUAAAUCCUCCUCAGGCCUGCAUCCUAGCUGUGGGCCAAGCAAGACCAGAGCUCAAGGUUGUGGAAGAUGAAGAAGGGAAUGAGAAACUUAAGCGGCAUCAACUCAUGACAGUGACUCUUUCAAGUGAUUGUCGAGUGGUAGAUGAUGAACUGGCUUCAAAGUUUCUGGAGACCUUGAAAGCCAACAUAGAAAAUCCAAUGCGACUUGCCUUGUGCUAAACUUGGUGAAGAUUGCUUCUUGUUUUGACAACAUAGAUAGCUGUUACAUACUUGGGGUCGUUUUACUGUGAGAUGGACAGUUAAAAUAUUUAAUUUAUUGAAUAAAGUGAAAAACUAUUAACUUUCAUGCUUUUAGUCUUUUGCAAUGAGUUUUAUAUUGUAAAGCUAAAAGACUUUAAAGUUAACAUACUACAUUUCUUUAAACACUUAGUACUAAUGGUAUAUAAGGUUUGCGUAGAAAAGCUGGUCUCUGUAAAGGAAGAUGCAUUAGAAAACUUUAUGAAAUAUAAAAGGGAAU